CGCUAUUCCAUCCACUUCCCACUGAGGCAAUACCCCUUUUUCCAGAGGAGGGGGUGGAGGUGGUGGUCUACGUACCACUCCUAGCGGUGGUUGGCUGCUACUGAAUAAUACCCUCCAGAGUCACCCACGGAGUGUGGAGAGAGAGCGAGAGAGAUGUGCACCUUGUUCCGAUGAAACACGGAGCAGUGUGACGAUGACGGCGAAAGGCAGACAUAAAGCGGUCCCCUUCCCCCUGGCCCACCGGCUCACCAUGAAGGAGGUGUUCGACGCCGAGGGCCGGCCGAGGGUGGACCUGCUCAAAGCGCACCUCACCAAGGAGGGCCGCUUGGAGGAAGCAGUGGCCCUUCGCAUCAUCGACGAGGGCGCCGCCAUCCUGCGCCAGGAGCGCACCAUGUUGGACAUUGAGGCGCCAGUCACAGUGUGUGGAGACAUUCACGGCCAGUUCUUCGACCUGAUGAAGUUGUUUGAAGUGGGAGGUUCUCCUGCCAACACGCGCUACCUCUUCCUGGGGGACUAUGUGGACAGGGGCUAUUUCAGUAUUGAGUGUGUGUUAUACUUGUGGUCGCUGAAAAUCCUCUACCCAAAGACACUCUUUCUUCUACGGGGGAACCAUGAAUGUAGACAUCUGACAGAAUAUUUCACCUUCAAACAAGAAUGUAAGAUCAAGUAUUCGGAGCAGGUGUAUGAUUCCUGCAUGGAGGCGUUUGAUUGCCUGCCCCUCGCAGCCCUGAUGAACCAGCAGUUUCUGUGUGUGCAUGGAGGGCUUUCACCAGAGAUCCACACACUAGACGACAUCAAGAAGUUGGAUCGAUUCAAGGAGCCCCCGGCGUUUGGGCCCAUGUGUGACUUGUUGUGGGCAGACCCCCUUGAAGACUUUGGCAACGAGAAGACCCAGGAGUACUUUGGACACAACACAGUCAGAGGCUGCUCUUAUUUCUACAGUUACCCAGCUGUGUGUGAGUUUUUACAAACCAACAACCUGCUUUCCAUCAUCAGAGCACAUGAAGCACAGGAUGCUGGGUACCGUAUGUACAGAAAGAGUCAGACGACGGGCUUUCCUUCACUCAUCACCAUCUUCUCUGCUCCAAACUAUCUGGACGUCUAUAAUAACAAAGCGGCGGUACUGAAAUAUGAGAACAACGUAAUGAACAUCCGUCAGUUCAAUUGCUCUCCUCAUCCAUACUGGCUGCCUAACUUUAUGGACGUCUUCACUUGGUCGCUACCUUUUGUGGGGGAAAAGGUGACGGAGAUGCUGGUCAAUGUCCUAAGCAUCUGUUCUGAUGAUGAGCUCAUGAACGACGGUGAUGAGAUCUUUGAUGCGAGUGCAGCAGCGGCCAGGAAGGAGGUGAUUAAGAACAAGAUCCGUGCCAUCGGGAAGAUGGCUAAAAUGUUUUCAGUUCUACGGGAGGAGAGUGAGAACGUGUUGACUCUGAAGGGAUUGACCCCCACAGGUAUGCUGCCGAGCGGAGUGCUGUCAGGGGGCAAACAGACUCUGCAGAGCGCUACCAUUGAGGCCAUAGAAGCCAUCGAGACAGUUAAGGACGCCGAAGCCAUCCGAGGCUUCUCCCCGCAGCAUCGGAUCAGCAGUUUCGAGGAGGCCAAAGGUCUGGACCGAAUCAACGAGAGAAUGCCGCCUCGGCGUGACGCCAUCAACAGCGUGGGCCUGUCUAUGGGGCGCAUGAAUAUGGGGGAACCCAACGGGACGGACAGCAACAGCAAUAUACAGUGACGCACUAAUGCAGUUCAAACAGCAUCCUUACUGAUAACUGUACAUAGAUAUACUCCAUACACAGAUUGCAGUAUUCCAAACACACACACACACACAGGGUCAUGAUUAUCUACCCCUUCUUGCUGUAUGUUACAAGGCUGAACUGAUGGACCCCAUUUAGAGACUCCUGUGUCCCCGAACAAAGAGGAAAUAAAGAACCUCGCCCCUCCCCAUGCAGAACAGGAGGGGCUACUAUUCACUGUGCAUGUCGGAGACCCCCAGUGGGUCCACAGCGUCAGCAUCAUGCAGAUGCGGAGAUGCGGAAUGUGUCGCUUUGACAAGGAGCGAGUCAUCAGGGACACUGUUUGCAUCCAAAAUCCUGAAGCUGGCUUUAACAACGUCCAUGCGCUUUAUUGGAGAAAUGUCACCAAGAGGGAAAUAUGCUUAUCCAGCCGGGAUGUGCAACAUAAUUGCAGCUGCAGACUGAUCUGAGCCCUCUUCUUUUUUUUAUUAUGGGGAGGAGGUACUAUUGAGGUACUCAACACCUCCACCUGAUGAGAGAGCAGUGCCCCCCCCCAUCCCCUCAGGCUAACUAGCUCCCGGGAAAGGCUUUGAAUGGAAGCCAGUGUCUCUCCUGAGCUUCGAGUGCUUUACGUAUGCGUGGGGGGGGGGGGUUAAAAUGGGAAGCUAAAUUACACACCCCUCCUGACCAAACUUAGGAAAUGAUAUUUUACAGAAGAAAUGGACUCUUCCGCUGCCAAGACGAGAUGAAAUGAGAAGAAGUUUCUUUGUAAAGCAUUUAUAUUUACGCAUCGGUGCAUGCAGAGUUAAGUUAUUUGAUAAUAAUGUGAAUUACAUUUGUGCGCUAUGUGUUUCAUUAUAGUAGGAUUUUUUUUCCCUGGUUUUCUGGUUGAUAUAACCGAGCGGAGGAAUAAUGAAUCAUUUAUUUUGUACAUAAUGCGUUUGCUUUUUUAAAAUUCAUAUUGUAUUUUUUCUUCCCUUUUUCUUCUUUCCAUCAACUACGUCCUGUUUGUUUUGGCACUGUACAGAAUGACAGUACACUCCAAGUGUCAAGUCCACAUUGAAUACUCUGUUCUUUGUCAAUGUACCGGAUUCGUUUUUUCAACAGCAAAUAUGAGUACUAAAUACAAAUUAGCAUCGAACGACCACCGUUAUAUACGAGGCACAGGCAUUCAGGCAGCCAAAAGCAUGAUUGCAUGGUAAAAAAUAAAAUAAAAAAAAUGAAGUUCAAAGCAAAAAGCAGCAAGACACAUUUGAACAGGAUAAGCCGGUUUUAUUGCUGUAUCAAUUUUGAGGGAAAAAAGUGUACUAAUUCUUGAUUCCUCUUCUUAUUUGAUAUUUACAGUAUGGUUCUAUGAUUGCUAUAUUUAUUAUGAACAUUAUUCUUAAUAUUUAAGCUCUCUCUCUGCUAGUUACUCUUCAUGUUGCGUUGCUCCUUGGUUAUAUUGUGCUUUUUUGGGAGAGGUGAACCCCCCCCCCCCACGUCCCCAUUGGAACCCCUGUGCCAUAGCGACUGUGCCAUGGUUCCUUCUCUCGCCCCCCGUCUCUCUCUCUCUUGGUUUCAACCCCCCAGUCAUUAACACUGUAAGCAUGCCCCAUGGGACCAUCCACUUUUUUUACUCUUGAAUAAAAUAUGCAUGAACCUUUGCUA